CCUCGGCGGCGGAAGCGGCAGCGGAGGCGGCAGCGGCUCCGGAAGUGGCGCUGUUGCCACCAGCGCUACGCGCCUCUGCCACUACGACAGUGGCCACGAACUCGACGAAAUAUCGGUCGUCGGAGUUGGGACCCGGAACGGAGAAAGCCUCACGCCAACUACCCCUUGCCACUGCAAAUAUGGAAGUGGACAAACACUCUACAGCGUUGCCACUUCCAUUCCUCCGGCCCCAGCGAUACCCGCCCCCAGAGUCGUCCCUGGGAUUAUCACUACCACUGGUCCAGGCAUCGUUGGCGAACGGCUCGGUGACUCGGCUUCGGUUUUGGCGUGCGAGAAGAUGAGAGAAACCGCGACAAGGAUGAGGGCCGAAGAUUCUACCAAGAGCAUGGACAGCAUGUCUAGAGGUGGACUCAACUCCCGGCAAAGCCUUCUCGACCUUGUCAGUUGUAAACUGAUGGGCAGACAUACGCCCAGUCACCAUUAUUAUCACCAACAACAGCAGCAGGUUUACUCUGUGUCGCAGCGAUACUUCUCAUCGUCGAGGGACUCCCUGUCUGCAGCGUACGUAAACAGAGCGGCGGCGGUUAGUUCAGCGGCCAGUGAGCUUGAUCUGAGCAGAAGAGCACGCCGGAGAGACCUCAGAGGACGAUUGAAACUUCCGAAUGCCAUUACCCUCGCCCCUUCAAGGGACAGUGGCGCCCACCUUCACAAUCAGUCCUCUACUAAUCACCUCAAUACUGCUGGCAGCUGCAAUGGGACCGAGACGAGAUAUACGGCUCAUCAACAGCAGCAGCAACGAGGCAGUAGAGGAUUUCCGGGACAACCCGGAACCCGAGGAUUCAGGACGGGGGCGCCAAACUGGUCCUUCGUCUUUGAUCCUGCAGGACGUUUAUGCUACUACUGGUCAAUGGUUGUGUCCCUCGCCUUUCUCUACAACUUCUGGGUCAUCAUCUAUAGGUUCGCCUUUCAGGAAAUUAACGGUGAGACCCUGGUUGUCUGGUUCUGCCUCGACUAUCUUUCCGACCUUCUUUACCUCAUCGAUAUCGUCUUCCACUUCCGUACCGGAUAUCUCGAGGACGGCGUACUGCAAACUGACUCAACCAAGCUGAGGCACCACUAUAUGAACAGUACCACGUUCUACAUUGACUGCCUCUGCCUUUUGCCACUUGACUUUUUGUACUUGUCGAUCGGCUUCAACAGCAUACUCAGGAGCUUCAGGCUCGUGAAAAUAUACCGGUUUUGGGCGUUCAUGGACCGGACGGAGAGACACACCAACUAUCCAAACCUCUUCCGUUCCACCUCGCUGAUCCACUACCUGCUAGUGAUAUUUCACUGGAACGGAUGCCUCUACCAUUUGAUAUGCAAGAACAAUGGUUUCGGCAGUAAAAAUUGGGUCUUCGGCGACUCGGAAACCGCUGACGUGGUCAAACAAUACCUGCAGAGUUACUACUGGUGCACCCUCGCCCUGACAACGAUCGGUGACCUGCCCAGGCCAAGAAGUAAAGGUGAAUACUUGUUCGUGAUAGGGCAACUACUUUUCGGAUUACUUCUCUUCGCAACAGUUCUCGGUCACGUUGCAAAUAUUGUUACUUCCGUCAGUGCGGCCAGGAAGGAGUUUCAGGCGUAACUAGACGG